AUGCUGUGGACCACGGACGACCCGCCGCGUCUUGACAUGGACGACCCGCCGCGCCUUAAGUCGGGCGAAUCGCCGCGCUUUGCGACGGAAGAUCCUCCGCGCGUGGGAAUCUGGGCGAGAGGUCCUGACUCUCACUCCCCCUCCGACUUGUCACCUCCGUCCUCGCCACCAGCGCCUGCACUCGCAGCCGCAACCGAGGCAGAUGUGGGAGCAGGGGCAGCGGCAGAGAGGCGGCAUGCAGCGCGAUUCCUAAGCGACGACCUGAUGGGCAUGGAGCAGCUGGGGCGCGUGACUCGUGGCGGCUUCUACUUCUGCAACUUUGGCUGCUCCGACCCCGUAUCGUCUCUCUCCAAGGACGAGCGCCUGGUUAUCCAGCCGCUUCCACUUCCCGCGGGCUUGCACACGCGUCUCGGGCAGCGGCUGUCGCGACAGCAGCAGCACGUGAGCGCGCUUCACAUGCCCGUGACUCUCGACAUAUCCUCGGAAUGGGCGUGGCAGCUUUCCGAUAUGAUGGCCUUCGCGCGCUCAUGCGUGAACCUGCGGUCGCUGCACCUUGUCUCUGAGCUGCCGAGAUACUGCUGGUGCCCGUUUCAUGAGGAGCUGACAAAGCCCAUGGAUUGGGAAUGGAAGAAGCACACUCAGGCGGAGCAGAUGAGGCAGCUUAUAUCGAGUUGUCCUCAUCUACACUCACUGCACUUCAUCCUCUGUAGUAAGAAUUACCUUACAAUCAGUGAAGAAGUAGCUGCCUUGCUCUCCCGUCUCGCCCACCUCUCCCUGCCUCUCUUCGAUCUCCCCUCUUACCUCUUUCCCCACCUCUCCUCCCUCCGCUCUCUCCGCCUCUCCCUCUCUGCUCCCCACCAUCCCCUCCUCCUCUCCGGUCGACCCUUCCAAUCUCUCUCCCUCCUCUCCCUCCUCCACCUCUCCCUUGGAUCACCCACCACCGGCCUUUCUGAGCCUCUCUCACCGGACCUGUUUGCUGGGCUCGGACCAAGCCUGCGGUCCUUGACGUUCCUAGUGUGUGCGAAUCCGAGAGGGGUGGAGUGGGAGAGGAGGAAAAGGCGUGGUGGGAGGGGGGAGGGAGGAGGCGGUGGGGUGGAGGAGGGUGGGGAAUGGGUGGGGGAUGGGUGGGGUCGGGAGGACGAGGUGGUGUGCUGGCUUCCUGCCUCGCUGUGGUCGCUCACGCGCCUGCAGCACCUGACCACCAACGUGGGAGGCGGCUGGGACUGCACGGGCCUCAACGCCCUCUUCCCCCCCCACGCCUCCCACCCUCUCGCUCCCUCCCCUUCGUGCUGCUGCUGCCCAUCCUCUUCCCCUGGCAACGACGAUUCUACACACCCGCACCAUUGUCAGUGCCUAGCCUCCCUUUGUAACCUAACCUCUCUCUCCCUCCUCGCUUACCGCACCUUCCCUCCCUGCCUCUUCUCCCUCUCCUCCCUCACUCUCCUCUCCAUCCCCCUCGCCUCUCCUCUCCAAUCCCCCGCUUCUCUCGCCCUCUUCGCCCACUGGCCCCAUUUGUCUCAUCUGCACGUGAAUGGUGAGGGUGCUGCCAAACCAGCCUUCUGCCACAGCGAACCUGUAACUGGUCUCGCCGAACCUCCCUUGUGCCCCGAAGCAACCCCUUCGUCAGCCUCCCUCCGCCACGUCACUCUCACGGGAACAGCUGGCGUCAUCCCAUUGGCGGUGUGGGGGAGGCUGUGCCCUCAGCUGCAGUCGCUCAAGAUCCAAGGCUCGCCCCUCGUGGCUGUGCACGGGUGGGGGGAGGCAUCGUGGGAGGCAAAGGGGGAGGAUCUUGGGGAGGGGGAUGUGGAAAAGGGCGCAUGUGGUGAGGGGGAGGGCGCAUGUGAUGAAGGGGAGGUCGGAUGUGGUGUAGCAGAGAAGCUACCUGCGAGCAUCUUCCCUUUCCUUGAGGAGCUUGUGCUCCGCAAUGUGAGAAGCCAUGCACACAUGUACACAGGCCCACAGCAGCAACAGCAGCAGCGUACACUCGCAUUCAUGGGCCUCCUGCCCCGCCUAACCCACUUGGCCAUCCACAACACCCCAUGGCCGUCCCACCCCCACUUGCACGCACCCACCAUCCUCCCGCCCCUCCUCCCCAAACUCACCUUCCUCCGCAUCCACUCCCCCCCACGCUCCCCCCUCCCCGUGCUGCCACACCUGCGCACGCUCAUAGUGGGGUCCUACCCGCACUCCUCGCGUUUCCUCGCCUCGCUCGCCCUCUUCCCCUCCCUAACUGCCCUCCGCAUCUUCAACCUCUCCAUGCACAACUACCACUCCGCCCUCUCCUGCCCUCCCUCACUCAAAUCCCUCCAAAUCUGCCACUCCAACACUGCUUUCCUCCCCGAAUCCCUCCGCCUCUUCUCCUCCCUCACCCGCCUCCACCUCUUCCAGUGUGUUCCGCUCUUCGCCCUCCCCUCCUUCCUCUCCUCCUUCUCCUCCCUCACCCACUUCUCCUUCGAUCGUGGCAAAAACCCUGUUGUGGUGCCGGUGGGCCUCGAAGGGUAUCUGCAGGGGAGAGGCUGGGCGCGAAAGCAGGAGGAGGAGGAGAAGUGGAAGUGGCAGGGGAAGGAGCACCAAGGGAGGAGACCGAAGACUCAGUGGGAAAUCGAGGAGGAGAGGAGGAGGGAGAUGAAAUGUCAGAGUGUGUUUGAGGGAUCAUUGUUGAGUGAGGAGCAGAAGGAGGAGCAGAGGGAGUGGUGGCGGCAGGUGGGGAGGGAAGAGGAAGGGGUGGGGGAGUUGAUUUGUCAGGGAGAUGGGGGGGACAAGCAGCAGCAGCCGCAGCAUCAGACGGAGCAGGGAGAUGAGUUGGUGCAUGGGGUACAGGAGGUGGAGUUGAGAGGCUCAUGCAAGGACGUGGGUGACAGCGAGCAUGUUUCACACGAUCAAUCGCUGGUACCAGCAGAGGAGGUACCAGCAGAGGAGGUACCAGCAGAGGAGGUACCAGCAGAGGAGGUACCAGCAGAGGAGGUACCAGCAGAGGAGGUACCAGCAGAGGAGGUACCAGCAGAGGAGCUGGCCACCUCCCGCUCCACUUCUCCGAGGCUCUCCCCUUUAUGGUUCGCCUCGCUCCCCUCCCCCUCCUCCCUCACCCACACCCUCGCCCACUACCCCAACCUCUCUACGCUCGCCCUUCCCCUCGUCUCCACCACGGCCUGCCCCCUCUGCCCCUCCCAUCUGGGGUCUCUGCUUACUGCUGCUGCCGCUCACCCUGCUCUCACCUCCCUCUCCUUGCUCCUAGAGCCCGGAUUCUCAGCCAACUGCGAGUGGGGCUAUGGGCGAGAGGACUGGUUUGAGGCUGCUGGGGUGGAGAAAAAGGUCCAGCGAUUGUUUGGCCAUGGGCGGGAGGAAUGGUGGGCGGCUGCUGGGAUGGAGAAAAAGGUGCGGCGAUGGUGGGGAGAGGCGAACGAGGAGAUGGAGAGGGGGCUGUUUGCCGUGCUGAAGAGAUGCCGGGGACUCAAGCAGCUGCACAUUCAAGGGGAGAACCUCUCAGACAGACUCAAACUCCCCCACUCUCUCUUCCUCCGCUGCCCACAACUCACAGCCCUCUCCCUCCCUCUCUACUGCCUCCCCUCGUCCCUCCUCCUCCUCUCACACCUCACCUCCCUGGCCCUCGCCCUCCCAGCAGACCCCAUGCCUCACUGCCUAUCCCUCCCGGCCCCCUUCUCCCACCUCCGCUCCCUCCACUCGCUCUCCCUGCAUGUGCCUAAGACCCUCAGCCUCUACUACCAGCUCCCUGAGGACGGCAGCAGCUGGAGCAGCGUCUCGGAGGAGCUGCUGCUGGGUCUGCCCUCUUGCCUCUCCGCCCUCUCCCUGCACCUCCCCACCACCGGCAUGCCUUCUUCCUUCUCCUGCCUCACUUCCCUGACUCGCCUCGACACCAACCUGCGGAUUCCGGGACUGGAUGACGCGGAGCAAGGGGUGGGAGCGGAGGAGGAAGAGGAGGAGGAGGAAGUGGAGGAGGAGGUAGGGGAGGUUGCAGCACAGGAAGAAAGCAAUGAGGAGGAGGAGCAAAGCAACCGGUUUGCCAAUGCACGCGCUGACUCACGACUCACUGAUGAGAGAUUGCUGCCUCUCUGCAACCUCACCUCCCUCUCUCUCUCCCACUACCUAUUCUUCCCUCCUCUCAUUCGCCACCUCACCCGCCUCACCUCCCUCUCUCUCCCAUCCCUCCACUGGGCAUACGAGUAUGGAGUCAACAACACCCCGCCCUGCUCCCUCUACCACGGCCUCUCUCCUCUCACUCGCCUGCACGACCUCUUCCUCGCUUGCGACAGCUCAGCCUGCCUGCCCCGCCUGCCCCGUCUGCGUCGCCUGUGUGUGCGAUGCACAGAAGAUACCGUGCACAUCGCUCGGCUCAUCGCGCACGUGGCACCAUCCCUGGAGCAGCUUAACGUCCGAGCCGACUAUGCCAUUUGCAUCUCGGCAGACCUUUCUGGCAGCAAACUCAACGGCGCAGCAACGGCAGUGGCCUGGCGCGGCAACGUCGGUGAAUGGAGGGCGCCUGUGUUUCACAAGCUCAAGGUGCUGCAGCUGGUGACGUCAAGCCCUGGUGUGGAUAUGUCGCUCUUCCCUGCCCUGGAGCACAUGGCACUCUCUGGCAGCCGAUAUGUGUCCUUGAAUGUGGAUACUGAAUCCUCUCGUAACCUCCGCUUCCUGCACUUGGACCAUGUAAACCUGUGGGGAUAUGACAGGGACCCUCAGCUGACGCAGCUCACAGCGCUCACCACUCUGGUGGUUGACAACGCUGACUGCCGGGACUUCCUUGCAUGCCUCUCCUGCUUCUCCUCUCUGCGCACCCUCUGCCUCUCCAACAUCACCAGAGGCUGCUCCGAGCCCUAUCUCACCUGCCCCCCUCUCCUCUCCACGCUUCAAAUCUGCCGCUGCGACCUGCCCCACCUCCCAUCCUCACUGGUGAAAUUCUCCCGCCUCACUCGUCUCGACCUUCUCCACUGGCGCCGCUUGCACUCUCUCCCGCCUUUCCUCUCCGCGUUCACGUCGCUCCGCCAUUUCAGAGUCACAUGCGAUGGCCCCAUGCCCCAUGUGCCGGCGUGCCUGAAAGAUUGUCUCAGAGGCAAAGAAUGGUAUGAGCAUUCGCCUUGUGAUGGGAGCUUUGCCAGUUGA